CCUGGAAACAGCGGAACCAUCCUUUGUGCUUCACCGAGUGACGUGCAUCCUUCUGAGAGAAAUCACCAUCACACAUCCAGAGGAAAACGCUGAGUGAAACACAAUGGGUCUGUUCCAAGAAUAUGAGGAAAAGAAGUCGGCAGAGAAAGGAAGCACCCGCAGUCGCAUCCCACGUUUGAUCCUCCACCCCUUCAAACCCAAAAUCAAAGGAGCACCACUGUGUGAUUCACCUUUAUCGGAGGAGGAGGGGAAGGAGUGUGACAUCAGCUCAGAUCACUCCAAACAGACCAUCAGCACCAACAGCUUUUGCUCUGAUGACACAGGCUGCCCCUCUAGUCAGUCAGCAUCUCCGUCCAAAAUCCCAUCAGGCUCAGGUAAGAGUGCUCAUGGGUCACCAAUCCUCCCUGAGUGGAAGACCAAAGUGAAGAGAGUGAGGGUGAUAGCAGAGCGGAGCGACACACCAAAAACUGCACCAAGACACAAGAGGGAAGUGAGGUCGGCCAUGAAACACCCUAGAGGUAGUGAGACAGACUUCAGUUCUUCCAGCAGUACAGGAAGUCUGAAGACCAGAGAGACUCUGGGAUCUAGCUCCGUUGGAAAGAUGAAGGCUCCUUCACGCAGUUCCAGCACUCGCAUCAGGCCUCUCCCAAUCUUCAAACCAGCUGGGAUUCCAACAACCAGCCGCGUUCCAGGGCCCUUCACUUCCUACAGGACUCCUCCAAGAGCUGCUGCAGCAGCAACAACACCAGACGGCAGCUGCAGCUCCAGCCCCACCUCCAGGGGAACAAGUUUGGGUCGCUACCUAUCCUGUGGAGAAAACCAUGGUAUCAGACCCCCAAACCCUGAGCAGUACCUCACUCCUCUGCAGCAGAAGGAAGUCUCCAUCAGACACCUGAAAGCUAAACUGCUGGAGUCUGAGAACAGAGUUUGUGACAGAGAGUCUGAAAUUGAAGAGCUCAAAGCCCAGUUGAGCCGCAUGAGGGAAGAUUGGAUCGAGGAAGAGUGUCACCGUGUGGAGGCUCAGCUGUCCCUAAAAGAGGCUCGCAAAGAGAUCAAGCAGCUGCGGCAGGUGGUGGAAACGAUGAAGAGCAGCCUAAUGGAGAAGGACAAGGGAAUCCAGAAGUACUUCAUUGACAUAAACAUCCAAAACAGAAAGUUGGAGUCUCUUCUGCAAAGCAUGGAGCUGGCCCAAAGUGGCAUAAACCUCCAAGAGGAGCACUCCUUGGACUUCCUAUGUGACAACCUCAACAGCUGUGGAAAAAAGGUGAUUGGUGAGGAAGAUGGAGGGUUGGAGCUGGAGGAGCAAGGAGCGGAGGCACUGGCAGACAGUGGGCUGCUGGUCAACGAUGAAAUGGCCAACAGAGCAGACAUUUUAGAGCAGGUUUUCAUGUCCACUGCAACGGAUUUCAGUCAAGACUCUAUGUUGAGGAUGGGGACGGCGUGUGGGCCAGGGGUCUCCACUCUCACAGAAGAGGGGCUGAAUGAUGACCCAAACACACUGGCACAAGCUCUACCACAAGUCAUCACUAACACCAUCCCUGUUUUCUGCAGCACAGAAGAUAAAGGGGUUCAGACUGACAUGGCCAUGUGUCCAGACCUACAGGUUCUGCUCCUCCAACUUCUAAAGAUCCAAAAUGCAGCAGUGGGUGACGCUGCUGUACCAGUUUCCAGGGCUCUCCUGGAACCCACAUACCCACCUGUUCCUGCUACUGUGGACAACAUAACACCCCCGCUACCCAGCACACCCAACCUUGUUCUCCCAGAGAGCCACAGCUCCACCUUAGAUUCUGGAAUCUGCUGUUCUGAGCCUGGGGACAGACAGCGGUUCAUGGAGGAACUAGAUUUCGGUGGUUGUGAGGAGAAACCUAUUUUGCCACCAGGACUGGGUGUGGUCAGCAAGAGUUAUUGGAGCAACAGCUUCCUGAUUGACCUGGUUGCAGUCGUGGUACCUGUGCUGCCUACAUUGGCCUGGUUGUACUCUCAGCAUGGCGUGGACAGAUGCGCUCCAGUCUACAACAUCGCUGCUCUCAUCAGGGGCUGUUGCAUCAUGGGAUUGCACUCACUUCGCCACAUCAGUCACAGGCCAGAUGUGUAAUGGUGUC